AUGGAAAUUCGAUCUCCUCACAUGCCAUCGAUGACUAUCAAACAGGUCGCAACUCUACGUUCGUAUGAUGGACCAUAUAAAGAGUCAGGUCAUGAUAAUCGAAUUGUUACUUCCGCGAAUAGUACACCUCAGACAUUGUCACGUACUAGCUCAAUUAAAAAACAACAUGUUCAUUGGCCUGAUGGAUCAACAAAACCGAAAGGUGAUGAUCUUCGUUCAAUAAAAGAUCGACAAUUUACACCACGAAAACAACCAUAUCCUGGAGGAGAAAUUUUCAAUACGUCAAUACUUACUGAAUCUCCCUCAAGUCAUCGUCGUACUGCUGUUAUUCCUGCACCAUCUUCAGCACUUUCUCAUCUUAUUCAAACAGCUAUUAUUCCAGCUGGUUCGUCUGUUACGAACGCUGGUGCAAAUCAACGAUUAAUGCCACCAAAACAACUGACACCUACUCAUUUACCUAAUUAUACAAACAUUGUAUAG